CCACAAGUCCCACUACAUCCACAGUCAGUGUCAGCUAAGGCUGGUCAUGAAUACUGCAUGAUUAGUUCUUGCAAGCAUAAAAAAGAAGUUAGACUUAGUACUUUAAAUGGUUUUCAGUCACAUACUACUUUCCCCUGGUUUUUAGUUGGCAGUAAAGCAUUUGUUUAAAGUUACAUUUUAUGUUUGAGGUAAUAUCUCUAAAAUGACUUAGAUUGUAGCUUGUUAUCCAUGUCACACUAUGUUAUUGUUGUGGAUUUAUGGCGAAAUCAUAUUUUAGACUCAAUCCCGUUCCCCCCUUUUUUUUUUGGUACUGAUAUGGAAUAUGGAUAUCAGUACAAGUCAAUUUUUUCUUUUUGUUGUUUCUACAACAGGAAUAAGAGCCUUGAGAUCAAACCUUCUGGAAAGAUUGCUUCAGGUACAAUAGAGAUUCCAUUCUCCAUAAUUUUGAGAAAACCUGGGGAAGAUAACUUAGAAAAGUUCUAUGAAACCUUUCAUGGAUCAAACAUUAGCAUCCAGUAUUUGCUAACUGUAGAUAUAACAAGAGGAUACCUGCACAAAUCAUUAUCUGCCACAAUGGAGUUCAUCAUAGAAACUGAUAAGGCUGAUAUCUUUGAGCAACAGAUCUCUCCUGAAAUGGUUAUCUUUUACAUCACUCAGGACACUCAAAGACAUCCUUUACUUCCUGUACUAAAAUCGGGUGGCUUUCGAGUUACUGGAAGAAUUUCAACUCUGUGUUCUUUGUUAGAUCCCAUCAGUGGUGAGUUAACUGUAGAAGUAUCUGCAGUUCCCAUUUCUUCCAUUGACAUUCACUUGCUUCGUGAGGAGUCGAUUCUUCUUGGGGAUAAAAUUGUAACUGAAACCUCCUUGAUACAGACUACUCAGGCAUCUGAUGGAGAUGUCUGUCGUAACGUGACUUUGCCAAUCCACGUUGUUCUCCCCCGUCUUUUAACUUGUCCAACCGUCUUAGCUGGUCCAUUCUCGGUGGAGUUCAAAGUUCUGAUUGUCAUAACCUUCCAAUCGGAGUCAUCCAAAUUGCAUUCAAAAUCAGAUCCAACUGCCCCAAGAAUGUGGACGGCAGUGGAAACUCUACCACUGGAACUUAUUCGAACAAAAUGAGACUGUCAGCUUGAAGUCAAGGCAAAAAUUGAUCAACAGACAGUUCUAGACCUUUAUGAAAUCAGUUGGUAAUGAGCAUAAAUACAGUGAGAGUGUGAAAAUCUGUGAGCACGUGUUUUUAUUUGUGAGAUAUACAAACUCCUACACUUGUAAUCAUCGUUUUGACAAUUCUGAAAUAUCUUUGCAUCGGUGGUGGCUUGGAGAUUUCAUGCGUGUUUGCCUAAAGUUAAGGCCUUUUUUUCCCUGAGCAUCAACAUUUUUAUUUUGGCCAUACAGCAUAAACGGUUCUAUAUCAC